AUGCGAGCAGAGCAACCGUACGUGGAGGCGAAGAACGAGCGCCAAGUCAGAAUGGAACAACCGGGUGAGGUCGCGUUGCUACCUGCGUCGCGGGAGAAGGAUGAGUCGGUCGAUGCCGUGGCGGCGACGACCGAAGCAUCGCGGCUGAACGAGCACGAUGGGGCAUCUGCAGAGGAGGAGCCGCCGGUCGAAGCGCCAACGAACGAGGCGAAGAAGCCUUCGCCGGAGAGGGAUGAGGAGGUAGGCGCCAGUGAGCUUCUUCUUCUUCUUAUCACAUCGUUUGAGGGGCGAGGGUUGGAUGGCCCAUGUAUGGGCGUGACCAUUUGCAACAAGGCUUCCAAAGCCAAGUCACGUGGAGGAGUCGUGGUUACUGGUUAG